UGCGGCAGGAGAAAAAUUAUACCAAUGAAUUCGUAUUGAAAAAUUUAUACUAAUUUUUACUCCCUCCUCAAUCGGUCUCAUUGGUUAAAUUUAUGAUCAAAGUUAAAUCUCGAUAAGCGCGGACGCACUACAUUGUAGAAUAGAAUAGAGGGAGUAACAAGAGAAAUCUCUUAAUUAAAUUUCUUAGAUAGUGACCUUGAAAAUAUAUACUGAAAACCUCCUGCUAGAAGUCGAUCCCCUGACUGAGUGCAAGAGAAAUGCCGCGGUAUAUGCCAAGUUUCUAUAAUAAAAAAAUUGAAACAAGAAGUUUCUAUAAUUUUAGGGACAGUUGUAGUAGUAAUGGUAUUUUGAAGUGUGGUAUAUGACUUAUAUAUGCAUUUGAACCCAUCCUUCAUGCUGUGACUUAUACAUUUUUGUUCUUGGAGAUCCCCUUACUGAGUGCAAGAGAAAUUCGCGUGGUUUUAGUUCCCGAAUUCCUUCUCUUUGCAUGAACUUUGUGUUUACUUCUUCCUGUGACUACAAUUAUUGAUUUGUCAAAGUCAAUAGUGGCAGCCACUGUUCGUGAGUCCAAGUUUCCGUCUCUUGACACUGAAAACCAUGACGGGAAUGACAAGACUAUACUGUACGCGUCUGUUCCAACAAUAUACUCCACUAGAUUUGCUUGUACGAUUAUUAAUGAGUUGGCCAUAGAGUAGAGCCUAUGGUCUAGGUUUAGUAACGGGAGAAAUGGUUAAUCAAAUUUCUUAGCUAAUGACCUCGAAAUUAUCUAGCGAAGAUCGCUUAGAAAUGCUUAGUAUUCACGCCAAAUGGCUUUGAUUUUGGGCCGGGGUAGCAUUUUCAAGUGUGGUAUGCAUUGGUGUAUGCAGACCCGAGCGCGGAGGUGAUCGCGCUGUCGCCGCGGACGCUGAUGGCGACGAACCGGUUCGUGUGCGAGAUCUGCCACAAGGGCUUCCAGCGCGACCAGAACCUGCAGCUGCACCGGCGCGGCCACAACCUGCCGUGGAAGCUGCGGCAGCGCGGCGCCGAGGGCGGGGCGGCGCCGCGGAAGCGGGCCUACGUGUGCCCGGAGCCGGCGUGCGUGCACCACGACCCCCGGCGCGCGCUGGGCGACCUCACCGGCAUCAAGAAGCACUUCUGCCGCAAGCACGGCGAGAAGAAGUGGAAGUGCGACCGCUGCGCCAAGCGCUACGCCGUGCACUCCGACUGGAAGGCCCACGCCAAGGUCUGCGGCACCCGCGAGUACCGCUGCGACUGCGGCACCCUCUUCUCCAGGAGGGACAGCUUCGUGACGCACCGGGCCUUCUGCGACGCGCUGGCGCAGGAGAACAGCAAGCUGGCGCAGCCGGCCAUGAACAUGGCCACGGUGGCCUCGGCGCUCCAGGGCCAGCAGCACGCUCACCACCACCACAACCUCAUGCUGCCGUCCACCCACGCCGACGACCUGGACAUGGACGCCGACGAGGCGUCCGCUUACGAGCCGGACAUCAAGAGCCCGCACCUGAAGAUGUUCUCCGACUACGACGCCGACGCAGCCGCCGCCGACAACCCGCUGGGCUGCAUGCUCUCCAGCCUCGGCGCUACCCCGACCGCCUUCAGCCCGAGCAGCAGGCUCAGCAUGCUGGGCCUGCAGGCAGGGCCGAGCGACCCCGCCGCAAUCGGCGGCUGCUACUCCCCGGGAAACAACGGCCUGGCGAGCAUGUCCGCCACGGCGCUGCUGCAGAAGGCGGCCCAGAUGGGCGCGACGACGUCGAGUGGCUACGGCGUGAGCUUCACCCCUGGCCACCCGGGCCUCGCGUCCACCAUGGCCGGGCUCGACCGCCUUCCUUGUACCGCGGGCCCGUUCGGGCCGACGAGAGCCUACGGCACGUACGACGGGGUGGUCGGGUUCGGCGUCGGCGGGCUGAUGCCUGGCCAGCUCUACAACGACGCAGCCAACGGUAGCACGACGAGGAACGUUGGACCGGCGGCCAGCGGCGCGGACAACCCGAUGGAUGAUGAGCGCCGGCGAGGCGCCGACAACGGCGUGCGCGUGGUGGACUACAUGGGCGUCGAGCACCAGAGAACAAGCUACGGUAGCGUGAGUAGCGCCAGCCCGUUCCCGGAUCACACGGGCCCGUGGGCCUAGGGUCUGCCAUCCGGCCCACGCAGGCUACAGGGGAGAGACGGCGUCUCUUUCUAAUUCGAGAUUUGAGACUUCAGCACAAUUGUGUACUGCUAUCUGAUGAAUCAACCAGAGAUUUCUGCCAUGUGUUCAUCCAUCUACCUGAGCCUGUGCGAGCACAGACAACAAGUAGCAAAGCCUUAUUUAACUA